CUGCUGGGUUACACGCGCUACUUCACUAUCGCCACGGUUCAUCUACCAGACGCACGAAUCGCGUGUAUACUUUAAAUGCACGAAGCCCCCCUUCUUACCAAAUUUCAGGUCUAAACUGUAUUCCAAGACCCGGGGGACGAACGAGGAAAGCCUCCAGCUUUGCGACACCGAUAAUGCGAAGCAUAUACUUACUCUGCAGCUGCAGUAAGCCUGUCAAUGACAAAACGCUCAUGUCGCGUUAUUGUGGUCUUCGUCUUCGGACCCGGGUGAACUGCAGUACCUCAUGCACGACAAUGGUAGCUCACGAGAACGAUCAGGAAUGGAACGGCUAAAAGGAAACCCGCCUGUUAAACCCUGCCUCAAGAUCAUAUUGCUCUUUUGUGCUGUUUUAUCGCAAGUUCUAUCUUUGUUACCAAGACACUUUCUUAAGAUUGCCCCAGAUUCCAUCCUGGUCUUGGUGAUAACAAUGCAACCGAUUACGGUAUUGUCCCUCGUUGUGAAGGUAUUUACAGUUCUCCGAGCUCAUUAGAGUGGUUGCAGCCAUUCAGUGUCCAAUUUCCUAGAAUCGAGAAUCGAAUUUCGGUAUAAAGGGGGCGGGCGCUGCGCAUGACACUACCUGCCUACUGGAGCCGCCGCACUUUCUGU